AGGCGGGAGGAGGGACACCGUUGGGAGGCUGUCCCCUCCCAGCACUCUCCUGGCUGGUGCUCCCAGGGGCCCCAGCCCGGGGAGGAUGGUGCACACAUGGGUGGCUGCUUUUGCAUCCCCGGGGAGCGGAGCCUGUCCUGGGGCUCAGGUAAAGACACUUCUUCCAAGGAUCCAACCAUAUCGAGUGAGUUUAUAUCAUCUGAAUGCAAGGAAAAAUGUUUCCUUCCACAGAACAUGAGUCCAGAUCUGACGCUCUCUUUCUGUGUGAAGAGCCGCUCCAAAAGAUGUGUAAAUGGCCUUUUGCAGGAAGCUGCCAGGAAGAGGCUCUGGGCUCUGGAGAAUGAGAACCAGGAGGUGCAGGCACUGUUUAAGGAUCUUUCAGCAAGGUUGGUGAGUAUCCAGUCCCAGAAGUCCCAGUUCCUCAUCACCUUCAAGACCAUGGAGGAAAUCUGGAAGUUCUCCACUUACCUGAAUUUAGGUUAUGUAUCCACCUGUCUGGAGCAUCUCCUUUUUGACCACAGUUAUUGGCUCAACUGCAGGUUGGUGGAAGAUACAGAGAUCCAAGUCUCAGUAGAUGAUAAGCAUCUGGAAACAAUAUACCUGGGACUCCUGAUACAGGAAGGCCACUUCUUCUGCAGAGCUAUGUGCUCAGUGGCUCAGCCAGUCGAGAAGGAAGGGGAGUGUUUAACAUUUUGCAAGAACGAGCUAAUCUCUGUGAAGAUCACUGAAGAGGAGGCUGAGUGGGAAGGUGUGUCCUUGGUGACGAGUCAGCGGGGCCUUGUGCCCAUGUCAGCCCUGGAGCCCCUGAUGCUCCCUUUCCACCAAUGGUUUCUGAAGAAUUAUCCAGGAAGCUGCGGCCUUUCCAGGAACAAGGAUUGGACAGGCUCCUAUCAGACCGGCAGAGGAAAAUGUAAGGCCAUGAAAGGUUAUGAGAGAGAAGAAGAGGAUGAACUGAGUUUCUGCCAAGGAGAAAACCUUGAGAUCAUUGGCUUUGUUAUACCUGGGCUUCAGUGGUUCCUUGGGAAGUCAACAAGCUCAGGAAAAGUGGGCUUUGUCCCCACCAGGAACAUAGAUCCUGAUUCUUAUUCCCCAAUGAGCAAGAACUCUGCCUUCUUCAGUGAUGAGGAAAGAUGCUCCCUGUGGGUGCUGGAAAGUGAGAGGAGAGCAGAGUGUUCCAGCUUCCUCCACAUGCUUGCUCACACUGAUAUAACAUCUGUUUACAGGCUUAGUGGAUUUGAAUCCAUCCAGAAUCUUCCAAAGGAUCUGAGUGCAUCCCAGCCUGAAGGGUUCAAGGAGGCCAGGCCUGGUGGAACCUGGGAGGAGCAUCAGGCUGUGGGCUCCACACAGUCCAGCAGCUCCGAGGACUCCAGUCCAGAGGAGGAACUCCUCUCAGCUGCCUCUGACAGCUAUCACUUGCCAGAGCCUGAUGACCUUGAUGACCCAGAACUGUUCAUGGACCUAAACACUGGUCAAGAAGAGGAGGAAGCUGAGGACUUUGUCACCAUAUUGGCUUUUCUGGAGCAUGAGGGUUAUGCUGACCACUUUAAGAGCCUUUAUGAUUUCUCUUUCUCUUUUCUCACUACUUCCUUCUAUAGCUUUUCUGAGGAAGAUGAGCUUGUGGCUUACCUGGAGGCCUCGAGGAAGUGGGCCAAACGGAGCCACAUGACUUGGGCUCAUGCCCGGCUCUGCUUUCUCCUGGGCCGUCUGAGUGUCAGGAAGGUCAAACUCUCUCAGGCCAGGGUUUACUUUGAGGAGGCUAUCUACAUUCUCAAUGGGGCAUUUGAUGACUUGCCAUUGGUAGCUGCUCUGUACAUCAAUUUGGCUGCCAUCUACCUGAGGCAGAGAUUGAGGCAUAAGAGCUCCACACUGCUGGAAAAGGCAGGGGCUCUAUUGGCCUGCCUACCUGACCGUGAGUUUACUGCCAAAAAUGAGCUCGAUGUGGUGGUCUACUUGCUGCGUCAGGCAAUUGUGGUGGGCAGUAACCCCCUGGAGGCCCGAGCCUGCUUUCUGGCCAUCCGAUUGCUUCUAAACCUAGGCCGGCAUGAGGAGGUCCUGCCCUUUGCUGAGCGUCUGAAGCUCCUCUCUGGACAUCCUUCUGCCUCAGAGGCUGUGACCAACAUCUUGAGUUUUCUGUACGACAAGAAAUAUCUUCCACACCUCGCAGUGGCUUCUGUUCAGCAAUGUGGUAAUCAAAGUGUCCAAGGGAUGUGUCUUCCUAUUUGGCAGGUCCAUCUGGUCUUCCAGAAUGUCAGCAAGCUCCUUGGUGUCCCUCUCUCAAACUGGGAUGAAGUUUCUGCUCUGGCCUGCCCAACACUUAGGCAAGCACUGGCUGCCUGUGAGGAACAGGCAGACCAGAGCAUCCAGAGGGCCCUAUGUCUCAUCCUGUCCAAAAUGUAUCUCCAACACAGGUCUCCUGAUGGUGCCAUCUACUACCUGAGCCAAGCCUUAGCACUAGGGCAGCUGCUGAGUGAGCUGGAAGCUUUUGAGUCAUCCCUCUGCCUGGCAUGGGCUUAUCUCUUAGCCAGCCAGGAGAAGAAGGCUUUGGAUAUCCUUGAGCCACUCUUAGGCUCCUUGAAGGACACAGAGAAUGUCACCCAGAAGGGAGUGGUUCAUAACCUCCUGGGACUGGCAUUUCAAAGUGAAGGCCGGGUGAAUAAGGCAGCUAAGAGCUAUCUCCGGGCCUUGAACAGAGCCCGGGAGAUGGGAAAUGUGCGUAACCAGGCAGUGACUCUGGCCAAUCUUGGCCAUCUGACCCUUAGGGCCUGGGCUCAGCAACCAGCCAGGAACUAUCUCCUGCAGGCCAUCAGACUCUAUUCUGAACUCCAGGCCAGCAAGGAGACAGACAUGGAAUUGGUGCAGGUACUACUCUGGUUGGCCCAAGUCCUGGUAUAUGGACGCCAGCUGGCCUGUGGCCGUCUUUGUUAUGAAAUGGCGUUGCUGUUUGGCUUAAGGCAUCAACACCUAAAGAGUCAGCUUCAGGUCACCAAAUCCCUCUGCCAUUUCUACAGCUCUGUGUCCCCAAACCCUGAAGCAUGCAUCACUUACCAUGAACACUGGCUGGCCUUGGCUCAGCAACUCAGGGACCGGGAGAUGGAGGGGAGGCUGCUGGAAUCCCUUGGGCAGCUCUACCGGAACCUCAACACAGCCAGGUCACUCAGGAGAUCCCUAACCUGUAUCAAGGAGAGCCUGCGUAUCUUCAUUGACAUGAGGGAGAGAGAUAAGGCGGCUGAGGCCUGGCUUGGGGCUGGGCGCCUCCACUACCUCAUGCAGGAUGAUGAGCUGGUGGAGCUGUACCUGCAGGCAGCCAUCCAAACAGCCCUGAAGUCAGAUGAGCCCUCCCUGGCUCUCAAACUCUAUGAAGAAGCUGGUGAUGUGUUCUUCAAUGGAACCCGCAACAGGCAUCGUGCAGUGGAGUAUUAUCGAGCUGGGGCUGUUCCUUUAGCAAGGAGGAUGAAGGCAGUCAGAACUGAGCUCCGGAUUUUCAACAAGUUGACUGAGCUGCAGAUCAGCCUUGAAGGCUAUGAGAAAGCGUUGGAAUUUGCCACCUUAGCUGCCAGACUCAGCACAGUCACAGGAGAUCAGAGGCAGGAGCUGGUGGCCUUUCACCGCCUGGCUACGGUAUACUAUACCCUUCACAUGUACGAGAUGGCAGAGGACUGCUACCUGAAGACUCUGUCCCUCUGUCCACCCUGGCUUCAGAGCCCCAAGGAGGCCCUGUAUUAUGCCAAGGUGUAUUAUCGCCUGGGCCGACUCACCUUCUACCAGCUGAAGGAUGCCCACGAUGCCACUGAGUACUUCCUGCUGGCCCUGGCAGCAGCAGUCUUGCUGGAUGAUGAGGAGCUGCAGGACACCAUUCAGAACAGGCUGGAAGACAUCUGCCGGAGCCCCCUGUGGCACAGCAGUCCCUCUGGGCGCUCCUCAGAGAGAGCAAGGUGGCUGAGUGGUGGGGGAUUGGCUCUCUGAGGAGAGCUGCCCCGGCCCUGACCAGAUGACAGGGCAAGAAGCAGCCUCCCUGCCCUGGACUCCUAGGCACUAAUCCUGGAGGGUCCCAG